ACGAAAGGCAGGAUGCAAAUGAGUAUACCAGGAAACUAACUAAUUUUAUUAUUAUUUUAAGUGAACACAAGGCGACGGACACCGUGGAGAAAAGAUUUCAGUGGCAUGGAUAAUAAGCACUAGUUUAAAUAUCAUAGAAUGAUGUGGAACUUUCAUUGUGCUUUGCAGAGAGACUCGUGUUAGAAAUAUCAUCAAAUUGAUCUAACGUGUUCCUGGUGACUCAUGCACUCACAAUAACAUCAUAUCUAUUUUAUUAUAUUUCAGCUUCAAAACAUACAGUUUGGGCCAGGAACGAUAUUUUGUCUUAGGGUAAAAUGAGUUGGUACUUUGUUAACUGGGCCUGCCUGUGUCUUCUAUGGAAAGCCGGUCCACAUGUACUGUCUGCGAACUCAUUGGAAGGAAUUGGAUGCACGUUUGACUCUGACUUGUGCGGCUGGCAGCAGUCUUUAAAAGACGAUUUUGAUUGGUCCGUGCAGUCUGGGCUGACUCCUUCAGAUAACACUGGACCAAGUCAAGGAGAUCACACCACAGGCAAAGAAUUGCUUUUAACAGGGAAGUACGUUUACACUGAGGCCGACUAUCCCAGAAAAAUUGGCGACCGAGCUCAGUUAGUUUCUCCACUUUUUUCUGCUACCUUUUGUCUCUCGUUCUUUUAUCACAUGCACGGAGCGGCCAUAGGCAAGCUUCGGUUGUCUGUUGACAGCAACGUUGUCUUCGAAAUAACGGGAGAACAGGGAUCUGAUUGGACACAAGCACAAGUGCUAGUGAAUGGAUCAAACAGUCAGGUAAAGAUGAUAUCGUAAACAAGUCCAUUUUCGCCGUAUUUUCUCCAAACUACAUGUGUUAAAUUAGGCGGGUCAAAACUCUGGCUCUUAUUUGAUGUAGAAGACACAGCUGACGUAAGCCAAUACGUAACAAAAAGAUAAAAGAACGAGGAAAAAAUAACAACAACAGGUUUGUGAGGCGGUGCUCGUUUGUGACGUGUACCCAAUGUCAUCUACACCAAGAAGGGGACAAAAGUCUGCCAAAAGCGAAAAACAAACACAAGGUUCAGCGCUACAUCAGUCCGUUUGUGCCGUCGACCUCUGAGAAUCAAGAAACUCUAUCCGGUUUCGAGUUAGUUAAAUUUGAGGGCCGUUUUGGUAAAUUUUUAUAAAAAUUGUUAGGUGUUUUUGCACUAAGGUACAGAGCCCAUGCAUGUGCAUGGGCUCUGUACCUUAAUUUGCAAUCUGUUUAUAAGUGUGCUUAUACUGUGUUUUUAGAACUGUACUGACUGUAAUGCAACUUUUGGGCAAUAUGUAGAUAGGUUUUUUUGCACUAAUAUCACGGCUCCAUUUACAUCGCGUCUCCCGAAAUCCAUUUUGCCAUUGUUGCUCAGUUGCUGU